GAUGGAUCCUUCCAUUUGAGUUCUUCGCAAGUCUAUGGUAUCCCGCCGCGGCCCGUUCUUACUCCGGCAUCUAGGAGGGAGAGGGGAUGAGAAGCUGUGGCGGCGAGGAGCCAUCGUGACCGUCCUGCUGCUGCAUCGGGCCUUCGCGGCCCCUGUGCCUCCGGGGAGCAGCCGGGGCUCUCAAGCGCCUGACGCGUCCCCAGUCACUCAGAAAUAAUGUUGAUAUUUGGAACCCAUGUCGAACUUCUCUGAAGAAAGAGCAACGAUGAUUGCAGCCGGGGAUUUGCAGGAAUUCGUUCCUUUUGGUCGAGACCACUGCAAGCACCACCCUAAUGCUCUGAAUCUUCAGCUUCGGCAGCUGCAGCCAGCCUCUGAGUUAUGGUCGUCGGAUGGUGCAGCUGGCUUGGUGGGAUCUCUUCAGGAGGUUACAAUCCAUGAGAAACAGAAGGAAAGCUGGCAGUUAAGAAAAGGUGUGAGUGAGAUUGGAGAUGCAGCCGACUACGAUGAAGAGCUCUAUGUGGCUGGGAACAUGGUUAUCUGGAGCAAAGGGAGUAAAAGCCAGGCACUGGCAGUGUACAAAGCGUUCACAGUGGACAGCACUGUCCAGCAGGCAUUGUGGUGUGACUUCAUUAUAUCACAAGAUAAGUCUGAAAAGAUCUAUAAGAGCCAUGAACUAGAGAAGUGCAUAUGUAUAUUACAGAGCUCGUGUAUGAACAUGCAUAGCAUAGACGGGAAGGAUUAUAUAGCCUCCUUACCAUUUCAGGUGGCAAACGUUUGGGCCACUAAAUAUGGUUUGCUGUUUGAACGAAGCAGUUCUUCGCAUGAGGUGCCUCCCAGUCUACCUAGAGAACCGUUGCCUACUAUGUUCAGCAUGCUGCACCCACUAGAUGAGAUAACUCCACUUGUUUGUAAAUCUGGAAGUCUUUUCGGCUCAUCUCGGGUGCAGUAUGUUGUAGAUCCAGCAGUGAAAAUUGUGUUUCUGAGCACUGAUCCCUCUAUUGUAAUGACCUACGAUGCUGUUCAGAGUGUGCAUUCUGUGUGGACUCUCCGGAGGGUGAAGCCAGAGGAAGAGAAUGCUGUUUUAAAGUUCCCUGAGCAGGCAGGGACCCUGCAUAACGCAGCUACUAGCAGCUCCCUGACAGCACAUCUCAGAAGCCUCUCCAAAGGCGAAUCCCCUGUUGCUUCUCCGUUCCAGAAUUACUCUUCCAUUCACAGCCAGAGUCGCUCAGCCUCUUCACCCAGUCUACACUCCCGGUCGCCUUCCAUUUCCAACAUGGCGGCUUUAAGCCGUGCUCACUCUCCUGCCUUAGGUGUGCACUCUUUCUCAGGGGUGCAAAGAUUCAACUUUUCAAGCCACAAUCAGUCACCAAAGAGACACAGUAUUUCUCACUCUCCGAGUGGCAGUUUGAACGACUCAUUUUUGGCACCAGAAACAGAGCCAAUUAUUCCUGAGCUGUGCAUUGACCACUUAUGGACUGAGACACUUCCAAAUAUAAGAGAGAAAAAUUCUCAAGCCUCCAAGGUAUUUAUAACAACAGACCUUUGUGGACAGAAGUUCUUGUGCUUUUUAGUGGAGGCCCAGCUUCAGUUACGCUGUGUAAAGUUUCAAGAGAGUAAUGACAAGACCCAGCUUAUCUUUGGCUCUGUCACCAGCAUACAUGCAAAAGAUGCAGCCCCAGUGGAGAAGAUAGACACCAUGUUGGUACUAGAAGGCAAUGGGAACCUGGUGCUGUACACAGGAGUGGUUCGGGUGGGGAAAGUUUUUAUUCCUGGACUUCCGGCUCCUUCCUUGACAAUGUCCAGCAUGAUGCCUCGGCCCAGCACCCCGCUCGAUGGCGUUAGCACUCCAAAACCUCUGAGCAAAUUACUUGGAUCUAUGGAUGAGGUGGUUCUAUUGUCUCCAGUUCCAGAACUGAGGGAUUCUUCAAAACUUAAUGAUUCUCUCUACAAUGAGGAUUGCACAUUUCAGCAGCUUGGAACUUAUAUUCAUUCUGUGCGAGACCCUGUUCAUAACAGAGUCACUCUAGAACUGAGCAAUGGCUCCAUGGUUAGGAUCACUAUCCCGGAAGUGGCAACCUCGGAAUUAGUACAAACGUGUCUGCAAGCAAUUAAGUUCAUCCUGCCAAAAGAAGUAGCAAUCCAGGUGCUCGUCAAGUGGUACAGUGUGCACAGCGCUCCAGGAGGACCCAGUUGUCACUCAGAGUGGAGUUUAUUUGUGAUUUGUCUCUUGAACAUGAUGGGUUAUAACACAGACCGCUUAGCAUGGACCCGAAGUUUCGACUUUGAAGGAUCACUUUCCCCAGUCAUUGCACCCAAAAAAGCGAGGCCUUCCGAUACUGGAUCUGACGAUGACUGGGAAUACUUACUGAACUCAGAGUACCAUCACAAUGUUGAGUCUCAUCUUUUGAACAAAUCUCUAUGUUUGACUGCUCUGGAAGUUUCAAAGGCAAAAGAUGAAGAUUUUUCACAGAACCUCAGUCUGGAUUCUUCUACUCUUCUCUUUGGUCAUAUUCCUGCAAUUUUCUUUGUUCUUCACCUGGUUUAUGAAGAGCUCAAGUUGAAUACUCUAAUGGGAGAAGGAAUUUGUUCGCUUAUUGACCUCCUUGUUCAGUUGGCAAGGGACUUAAAACUGGAGCCUUACUUGGACCAUUACUACAGAGAUUACCCAACUCUUGUCAAAACUAACGGACAGGUGUGCACCAUUGACCAAGGUCAGAUGGGAUUUAUGCAUCAUCCCUCAUUUUUUACUUCUGAGCCGCCAAGUAUUUAUCAGUGGGUGAGUUCGUGCCUGAAGGGCGAAGGAAUGCCACCCUAUCCUUACCUUCCUGGGAUCUGUGAGAGGAGCAGGCUGGUGGUCUUGAGUAUUGCCCUCUACACCCUUGGUGAUGAGAGUUGUGUUUCUGAUGAAACUUCCCAGUAUUUAUCCAAAGUAACCUUAACUCCCCAAAAGCCACAAGCAGAACAAGAAGAAAACAGGUUUACUUUUCGGCAUUCUGCUUCAGUUUCUAGUCUGGCCGAGAAGUUAGUUGUCUGGAUGGCCAGUGUAGGAUUCACUUUAAGAGAUCUGGAGACUCUUCCCUUUGGGAUUGCUCUUCCCAUCAGAGAUGCGAUCUACCACUGUCGGGAGCAGCCUGAUUCAGAUUGGUCAGAAGCUGUCUGUCUCUUGAUUGGACGUCAGGACCUUUCCAAGCAGGCUUGUGAAGGAAAUUUACCCAGAGGCAAAUCUGUGCUCUCAUCAGAAGUGUCUUCAGGAACUGAGGCCGAGGAGGAAGAUGAUGGCAUGAAUGACUUGAACCAUGAGGUUAUGUCAUUAAUAUGGAGUGAAGAUUUACGGGUGCAGGAUGUGCGAAGGCUGCUUCAAAGUGCACACCCUGUCCGUGUCAAUGUGGUGCAGUACCCAGAACUCAGUGACCAUGAGUUCAUUGAAGAAAAAGAAAACAGACUGCUCCAGUUGUGUCAGCGAACUAUGGCCCUUCCAGUAGGACGAGGAAUGUUUACCUUGUUCUCAUAUCAUCCUGUUCCAACAGAGCCAUUGCCUAUUCCUAAACUGAAUCUGACAGGGCGAGCCCCUCCACGAAACACAACUGUAGACCUUAAUAGUGGGAACAUCGAUGUGCCUCCCAAUAUGGCAAGUUGGGCUAGCUUUCAUAAUGGUGUGGCUGCUGGCCUGAAGAUAGCCCCUGCCUCCCAGAUAGACUCAGCUUGGAUUGUUUACAACAAGCCAAAGCAUGCCGAGUUAGCCAAUGAGUAUGCUGGUUUUCUCAUGGCCCUGGGUCUGAAUGGGCACCUUACCAAGCUGGCUACUCUCAAUAUCCAUGACUACUUGACCAAGGGCCAUGAAAUGACAAGCAUUGGAUUGCUACUUGGUGUUUCUGCUGCAAAACUCGGCACCAUGGAUAUGUCAAUCACCCGGCUUCUUAGCAUACAUGUUCCUGCUCUCUUACCCCCGACAUCCACAGAGCUUGACGUGCCUCACAAUGUCCAAGUGGCAGCUGUGGUUGGCAUUGGCCUUGUUUAUCAGGGUACAGCUCACAGACAUACUGCGGAAGUCCUGUUGGCUGAAAUAGGGCGGCCCCCUGGUCCAGAAAUGGAAUAUUGCACUGACAGAGAGUCCUACUCCUUAGCUGCUGGCCUGGCCCUGGGCAUGGUUUGCUUGGGGCAUGGCAGCAAUUUGAUUGGUAUGUCUGAUCUCAAUGUGCCCGAGCAGCUGUAUCAGUACAUGGUUGGAGGUCACAGGCGUUUUCAAACUGGAAUGCACAGGGAGAAACAUAAGUCUCCAAGUUAUCAGAUCAAAGAAGGAGAUACCAUAAACGUGGAUGUGACUUGUCCAGGUGCUACUCUGGCUUUGGCUAUGAUCUACUUAAAAACCAAUAACAGAUCCAUUGCUGAUUGGCUGCAAGCUCCUGAUACCAUGUAUUUGCUGGACUUCGUGAAACCAGAAUUCCUCUUGCUUAGGACACUUGCUCGGUGCCUGAUUUUGUGGGAUGAUAUUUUACCAAAUUCCAAGUGGGUUGACAGCAAUGUCCCUCAGAUUAUAAGAGAAAAUAGUAUCUCUCUGAGUGAAAUUGAAUUGCCUUGUUCAGAAGACUUGAAUUUGGAAACCUUGUCGCAAGCACAUGUCUACAUAAUCGCGGGAGCCUGCUUGUCUCUGGGUUUUCGAUUUGCUGGCUCAGAGAACUUAUCAGCAUUUAACUGUCUGCAUAAAUUUGCAAAAGAUUUUAUGAAUUAUUUAUCUGCACCCAAUGCUUCUGUAACAGGGCCCUACAACCUGGAAACCUGCCUGAGUGUUGUCCUGCUGUCUCUUGCCAUGGUAAUGGCUGGCUCUGGGAACCUGAAGGUGUUGCAGCUCUGUCGCUUCCUGCACAUGAAGACGGGUGGAGAGAUGAACUAUGGCUUCCACUUGGCCCACCACAUGGCCCUGGGCCUUCUCUUUUUGGGAGGAGGAAGGUACUCUUUGAGCACAUCCAACUCGUCCAUCGCUGCCCUCCUCUGUGCCCUUUACCCACAUUUCCCAGCCCACAGCACUGACAACCGGUAUCAUCUCCAGGCCCUUCGGCACCUCUAUGUGCUAGCUGCAGAACCAAGGCUCCUGGUACCCGUGGAUGUGGAUACAAACACACCCUGCUAUGCCCUUAUAGAAGUUACUUACAAGGGCACUCAGUGGUAUGAACAGACCAAAGAAGAACUGAUGGCUCCAACCCUUCUUCCAGAACUUCAUCUUCUAAAGCAAAUGAAAGUUAAAGGGCCAAGAUACUGGGAACUGCUCAUAGAUUUAAGCAAGGGAGAACAGCACUUGAGGUCCAUUCUUGCCAAGGAUGGAGUUUUAUAUGUAAAGCUCAGGGCAGGCCAGCUCUCCUACAAAGAGGACCCAAUGGGGUGGCAGAGUUUGUUGGCACAGACUGUUGCUAACAGGAACUCCGAAGCCCGGGCUUUCAAGCCAGAAACAAUUUCAUCAUUCACUUCUGAUCCAGCACUUCUGUCAUUUGCUGAAUAUUUCUGCAAGCCGACUGUGAGCAUGGGUUCAAAACAGGAGAUUCUGGACCUCUUUUCUUCCAUACUUUAUGAGUGUGUUGCUCAGGAAACCCCAGAGAUGUUGCCUGCCUACAUAGCAAUGGAUCAGGCUCUAAGAAGUCUUAAAAAGAGAGACAUGUCAGACACAUCUGAUCUUUGGCAGAUAAAGUUGAUAUUAGAGUUUUUCAGUUCACGAAGCCACCAGGAAAGGCAGCAGACCUAUCCUAAGCGAGGGCUCUUUAUAAACUCUGAGUUCCUACCUGUGGUGAAGUGCACUGUUGAUGCCACCCUCGACCAGUGGCUCCAAGCUGGAGGUGAUGUGUGUGUGCAUGCCUACCUUAGUGGGCAGCCUGUUGAGAAGUCUCAGUUAAGCAUGCUGGCCUGCUUCCUUGUCUACCACUCUGUGCCAGCACCACGACACUUGCCACCCCUGGGACUGGAAGGGAGCACAAGCUUUGCUGAACUCCUCUACAGGUUCAGACACCUGAAGAUGCCAGUCCGAGCUUUGCUAAGACUGGCUCCCGUGCUGCUUGGGAAUCCACAGCCGAUGGUUAUGUGACCAGUGCUGGCAUAAACCCACCCCUCAAAACGACUGCAGCACAGAAUCCUGAUGGCAGCAAAGUUAAGGCAGCAUUUCUAUUUUGUGACCAGUGGAACUCAGAUGCAUACACCUCACUGUGUUUAAAAUCCAUGUUGAAAAUAUUACAGAUAACACUGGUGCUGUCCACCUGUCAUGAUGUAUAAAACGUCAGUUAAAACUCACUUUUGUAAAUAAAGAUUUUUGGUUUGUUUUCAAAACUAUUGAUGAUUGUUUUGGACUUCAGAGAAUAUGUCGACAGGCUGAGUCUUGAAGCCUUUAAACUUUAGUGGUUAGGUUCUGUACUCAGAAGUGCACGGCUUAAAAAGCCACAUCGUGAGAGUGGACUUCGUGCUACCACGGGAGUUUUUGUGUUGUCUGUUACAUAACAGUUACCUUCUCUACAAUGAGUCUGUGCUUCCAGUACUGGAUGAUGUCAUUACUGUGAGCAGAUUUCUACUUGAGUGAAGAAUUGCUCAGCAUGGAGUACUGGACUAUGCCCAAGCCCUGACCUUGAUGCAGCUGUGUAGGCUGCAGCUCUUUGGAGGUAACCAAGGCUAAAGGAUACUCUAAGGGACAGCUCAUGAUGCCCCAUGUGACAGGAAGAACGUUCCUUCCCCUCCAUUCCAACCUGUGCUUACAGCUUUCUCUCAGACCAGUGGGACUGUGAACAAGUAGGAACUGCAGAAUGCCUACUCACUUAUUUCCCGCUUGUUUCUGAAAAAGCCAAUAGAAAUUGCCCCACUGGGAUUUGGUAAUGUCGCCUGCCUGCCUGCCUGCCUGCCUACAACAAGGUAAUUUGCUGCUGACUUUGAGGGCAAAAUGUGCUUUCCUUUACUCUUAGAUUAAGGAUUGCAGUUAAAUGGCAGGUGGUGAUGAACAUUCAAUUUGCAUCAAUAUUGAACCCACUGUUGAAGUUAUUUUUCACUCUCCAUUGUUAAUGGCUGCCAUGGGAGGACUUGAAAGAGAGGACUGAAUCCAGUGGAAACAGCUUUGAUGGGCCUAUGGCCAGCUGGACAGGCAUCAGGAAGAGAUUCUAGUGCUCUUGAGUGAGCAUGGUAGGAUCAUCAGAUAAACUACUAUAUUUACUAGUCUCCAAGCCAUCCUGUGGGAACCAGUCUUGUCAUACACAGCAGCCAGCCUCCUGGGAACCACGUCAAGGGAAGAGCAGAGAAACACCCGAAGUGUUCUAGUAUCAAAAGUGGCACUUGUGACUUCAAGGGAAGGCUGAUUACCCAGGACAUUGCUUCACCUCCAAUACAUGUGGAAUGGAGACACAAGGGGCAGCUGCUUUGAGUGUAGGUAUUGUCCAGCAGACAGACAAUUGAGUGGUGUGCUCAGAUCCUUCCCCCAAAGGGUACUGACGUCUGUGCUCCUCCCUCAAGGUCUGACGUGGGAGCGAAGGCAGACUGAGCACAGAUGCCAAACUUGAGCUACAUUGCUCCAUCAUAGUUCUCACCAUUCUAGGCUCUACCCAGUCUGCUGCACCCAGCCAUUCUCUGGUCAGCUGCUGCCUACAUGGAUUCUGAGUCCAAGAGAAUCAGAAACAACUCCUCAAUGAACUGAAAGGACUUAGCUUAUGAACAUGUUGCAAAGCAGUCAAGCAUCUUUGCAAACACAUGGGCUUUUGUGUGUUUUCUUGAUGUUUCUCCCAUUGACUUAGUCUGUCACUAUUGUUAACUUAGUCUAUCACUAUUGUUAACUUAGUCUAUCACUAUUGUUAACUUAGUCUAUCACUAUUGAUGACUUAGUCUAUCACUAUUGAUGACAUUAUAUAGAGCAUCUUGUUUAAGCUUUUGUCUUUUAGCUAAAAACACUUCUUUGGUAAACUUUUAAUACUGCACUCUUUUUCCUUUAGAAUAUUUUGGAGUGUACUUUUAAGACUAACCCUCCCCAAACAUUCAUAUCAGAAUUUUAAAACAGGAAAUUCAUAAUAAAUUUAGUAAGAUUUAUAAGCACCUCCCAGAUCUUAAUUCCUGUUCUUUUAUACUCCAAUGCUUAGCUGAGCUGUUAGCUUUUCUCUGUAGCAAAUGGAUGUCUCAAGUCUCUGCAUUGUGAGGCUGCAGACCAUGUGUUUUAAGAACUCAAGACAUGUUGGGUCAUGAUGUCAUGGUCACCCCAUAGGUGGAGGGUGGAUACCUAAAACAAAGACAGAAGCCCGAAGCUGGAGUUACAUGGUAAUUUCCUUCUGGUUGAAGCAUCCUUCCAGGAAGACGGGGAAGGGGGGCUCAAGACACUAAAUAACCAUCACGUGACUUGGAAUGCUGAAGCUUAAGAGCCACAGAGUGCUUCCCCAAGGUUGUAGUAAUGGAACCGUAUGGGAACAGGACAGAAAGGGACAGAGGAGGCUUGGCUGCAUGGGAGAGGAGAUUCCCUGACUAGUCAAGCAGCCUGCAAGUUGUGUAGAGUUGUUAUCCAUGCUGAGGAAGGCUUUGGUGAUAUAGCUGCUUUUGAGUUGUUCCUGCUCCUGGAACAACACAAACCUCUACUCUUAAAAGUGACCCCAAUAAACUCAUUAAAUUGCUAA